UUAAAGUGAGAAAUAAAAAUGGAAGGAGAAAAAUGUAACAACUCUCCUAGGCCAAAAUCACGUAAUUUUAAGAUAUGUUUUUGCAAAUAUUGUGGUAGAAGAUUUCUGAACUCACAAGCCUUAGGCGGCCAUCAAAAUGCUCAUAAAAAGGAGAGACGAGACGCCAAGCAUCGGAAACAAGAGACGAUGAUGAUGACAAGUCUCGCGAUGCCGCCGUUGAUGCCGUACUCCUUUGUUCGGCCCCAUGGUCUUGUGUUGCAGGUGCAGCAGCAGAUCAUUGGUGGUCAACCUGUAUUUUCCGGUACCGCCUUUUCUAACAGUCAUCCUUUGAGUUAUGAAUAUUGGCCCGGAAGUUAUUGUCUAGACGAGGGAGCACAGUACACUUAUGUUUCUGCGCAAGAGAUAAUUAACAACCAAGUUGAGGCUGAAGAUGGUGCAGACGACAAGCAGCAGGUUGAUGAUCAGCAGGAAGUUUUAGAGCUGCCUGAUCUCAAUUUAGAUCUCUCUCUUUGAUGAUUAAUAACCAUCAAAAUUUUA